AUGAAAAAAAACGCGAGGAGAACUGGAAGACCUGUAAAAGUUUUGAAGUCUGGCCUGUUUGUUUCUCCUAACAUUCCUAUUUUGGGUUGUUCACCUGAUGCAAAGGUCAUUGAUUUAAGCAAAGAAAUAUCUGACAUCAAGAUCGAUGAGAACGAAGUCUUGGUUUCCUUCGAUGUUGUAUCAUUGUUCACCGCGAUCCCUGUUGACAAAGCAUGUGAUUACAUCAAGAUCAAACUGGAACAGGACGCCUCUCUUCCAUCCAGAACAAAUUUGGACAUCAAUGACAUAAUAUCACUCCUUCAAUUUACCCUGUCCAACAACUAUUUUAUGUUCAAUGACAGAAUCUAUAAACAAGUACACGGAUGCACUAUGGGCAGUCCAGUUAGCCCUGUAGUGGCCAAUCUUUGUAAGGAAGAAAUCGAGGAAAGUGCGAUUAACAGUUCAUCCGUCCCUCCUAAAAUUUGGAAACGUUAUGUCGAUUACAGCUUCUGCAUCAUCAAAAAAGACAAUGUGCCAGCUUUCCAUGACACAUUAAAUUCAAUUGACGCAAACAUCUCUUUCACCAUCGAAAUUGAAAGUGACAAUAAGAUCUCGUUUCUCGACACUUUGGUCACCCGUAGAAAUGGUACCAUCGCUGUCGAUGUUUAUAGAAAGCCUACGCACACAGACAGAUAUCUAGAUUACAAUUCUCACCAUGAUAAUAAACACAAGGCCAGCACAGCAGCAACUCUUCUACACAGAGCCCUAAAGCUACCCAACUCCUCCGAAGGAAAAGAACGAGAACUUAACCGAGUUUAUUCAGCACUUGAAUCUAAUGGUUAUCCAUCGAAUUUCAUUAAAAACAUCCAGGCCAACAAAACCCAACGCUCAACAGUGUUGUCCCCGGAGGAACUUGUUGGAACAUUUUUCAAGAUGGUCGAGGGGUCCAAAUCACGCAAGUCGUUCGCCUCUCUUCCAUACAUUAAAGGCGUAACAGAACCUCUAACUCGUGUCCUCCAAAAAUAUGACAUUACAGUGGUGAACAAACCGCUCAUCACCCUUCAACAACAGUUCUCAGCCCCAAAAUUUUGA